CCCCGCCCCCGCCCCCGCCGCGCCUGGCGCGCGCCCGGCCGCGGGCAGUGCUGGCGGCCCCCUGAGCGGCGCGAGCGGCCGAGACCAGCCCGAGGCCGGCGCCCGUGGUCGCCUGGCGCGCCCCGAGGCGCCGCGGCCCCGUCAGCGCUCGGCGGGGGCAGCGGCGCCCGGCUGAGCCGCCGCCUCCCCGCGGCCGCCUGCCGGGACGGCGCCGGAGCGGGCGGCGGGGCUCCCCGGGCGGCGCGGCCCGCGGAAGGACGCUGUCGCCGUGCUGCGCCGCGCGCGGAGCCGCCGGGGGAAGCAACCGUUCCCGCUGCGCGCGGAGUCAGGAGAGCAUCAGUUGGUGAUAAGCUGGUCCCGCGUUUGUGAACCUCCGGCUCUCAGCGGGAGCCGUGCUGCUCCUCCUGGUCCAGACCCUCCGGAAAACUGGCGUUUUCUCAAGGAGAGAGAUUUUUUGCUCUGCAGUCUGCUGGUUCUUACGUACUUACGUGAUACAGGAUUAUUUGGCAAAAGUUUUCAGGGUUUCUUGGAACUGCAGUCAUGGGACGCUAUUACUCAGCGAUGGACUGGAAAAGCAAGCAUUUCCUCUCUUGAGAAUGCCAAGUUUGAGCACAGCUUGUCCUGCUGAACCUGACCAGUGUCGAUGAUGGCAAGAAUCCCAAGUGCUGCACUGCAUACCCUGUGGAUCCUUUUCUUUUCAUAUGCAACAAAUGAAAUUACGGCUACAGGACAUGUACAGGAGUUUGCGUGCGUCACUGACUAUGCUAAAGAACUGGUUUGUCACUGGAAGGUGCCCACACAGACAAACUGCUCCAAAGAAUUCCUGCUCUAUUACAGGAAGGAAUUUUUGUCUCUGCGAAAUCAUGUGUGUGUCCCUGAGAAUGGAAAAGAGAGUUCCACAUGCACUUGCACAAUAUGUUCUGAUUAUUUUGUAUCAGGCCUCACCUAUAUUCUAGCUCUGCAGUUCAAUGGGACUGAUAUGUGGAAUUACAGUGUUACACCAGCCUUGGUUGUUAAGCCAAGGGCCCCCAAAAAUCUUGCCAUUGAGAAAGCUGAAAAUGGUAAUUUCAAUCUGAGCUGGGAAGAGAGCUAUACCCCUCCGUCCAUGCUCUCUGGACAGCCGGUGAUCUAUGAAGUAAAAUAUUGGAGCAAGCAGGACCCCACAGAGGUUUCUAUAAAAUCAAUUAACUAUCAGACAAAAAGCUUUGAAAUUAUUGCAAGCUCUUUGAGGAAAGGGUAUGAUUACGUUGUAUGCGUACGGUGUAACUAUACAGACUACCCAGCCUACUGGAGUGACUGGAGUGACAGGGUUGAAUUUCACUAUGAUUAUCAAGUAACAACCGAAGACAUUCUGCAGAUGGCUGUUCCUGUAUCCUGCAUACUGAUCAUGGCAGUAGCUGUAAUUUGUUACUUCUGUUUUACCAAAGUGAAGAAGGAAUGGUGGGAUCAAAUCCCAAAUCCAGCCAAGAGCCAUUUGGUUGUAAAAAAUGUCAAGUUUUCAGUUUUGUGCUACAUUGAUGAAAUUAAGUUCCCUUUCCACGACUUAAAGCAGAGUCGGAUGGAAAACCAAAUAAGUUGCAAGAACUGUCUGGCUCAAAGUUUGUCAGGCCAAAGCUUCAAGGGAAAAGAUAAUAUCUCACACAUUGAGAAACCUUGCAGUUGCUACAGCAAGUCUGGAGACUGGUUCCCAAAAGGCAAUGGUGCGGUUUUAACCCCUGAGACAAUUCUGGUUGAAAAGUCUCUUGAAAUCUGUGAAUGUUUAACAGACAUUGAGGCUGAGAGCCAGGAAGAGACUUGUGACCAGGUCACCAUGUUUGAGCCUUGUGAGGGCGGUGCCAGUACUUUCAGGGAGCACAUUGAACAUAAUGAUGCACUAGCUAACAUGUUCAUGGAGCUCCUGGCAGAUGAAAACAAUACGCAAGGCAAUGAAGAUAGAGACGUCAUCACAGAUAAGAAUAAAACCUUUGAAGGACUUGAGUCAGAAAACCCGUUGCAGCAAAAUCCAAAAGAAAAUGCAGACCAGCAUCAGCAGCCAUGUGGUAUUUUUCACACAGACUCCCUUUUCUCCGAAGUCUCACAAGAUGACUACAAUUGCAGUACAGCCAGCAAGAAGUCAGCACGAUCAGAAGAAUCCUUUGAAUCUGGCUAUCAAAGCUCUAACACAAAUUCUGCUUCUCUGGAGGCAAGAGGUCCUCCAGAUAUGCUUGACCAAAGCCUUUCUUCAUGCAGUUCUGAAAUUCAGCAUGACUCGUCUGUCUUGAUUCAGGAAUCACCAAAGGAACCAGCCUUCGAGAUCAUCAAACACAGAAUAAGCAACUCUGCAUACAAGAGCAUUGAUAGCCUUGUGUCAUCGUCCUUAGGACCCUGUAGCUCUGCAUACAAGAGCUUUGACACCCUUGUGUCUCCAUCCGUGGGGCCCUGUAGCUCUGCAUACAAGAGUUUUGACACCCUUGUGUCUCCAUCCGUGGGGCCCUGUAGCUCUGCAUACAAGAGUUUUGACACCCUUGUAUCUCCAUCCAAGGGCCCUGGUGGUUCUGCGUGCAAGAGCUUUGAUACUCUUCUGUCUCAGUCUACGGCUAACAACAGUCUGACUCCAUGUUUUGAAAACAUGUGCUCCUCACUGCCUUUGACGCAGUUUUCAGAGAAUCCAGAACUUCACUGCAGAGAUGAAAUUUAUCAACUCCCUAGCGAUCAGAGAUGUUAUGCCAACUACAGAUCUGCCUGCACUGAGCUUGAUUUUCAGAGCACCUGUUCAGAUCAUACUGAUUUUCCAUCUUUCUCCACACAUGCAAAUAACAGAGCUUCAGCUUUCCUACCAGAGGAGGAAAUAUAUAAGCAAAUAACAUAUCAAAAUGUUCAAAAGAAAGCAGAUGUCAUUUCUUGCCCCAUUGGACCUCGACCAUCUGGUUAUCAAUCUUUUGAUACUGCCGUUAAAUGUAAUGGCACAUACUUUGACAAUGACAGUGAGGUUAUCUGUAGGUCACAGUAUGAACCCUUUCUUAGUCUUCUGUACAACAACCUCAGAGAAGCACCUCCAGAUACCAUAAUCCGUGAACCUGACCAGAAGACAGACAACCAUGUAUGUUUGAUUUUACAGGGCUUUGAUAGUGGCAUUGUCCCAGGUUUAGCCACUAGUGAGAAUGUCUCACAGAACAGCGAUAACAGGCUUUGGAUUAUCAACUCUAAUGAGCUCUCUAGUGAUAGCAAUGAUGAAAACACCAUCAGAGACUUACAGCUGUUGCGUUUGUUAGAGGUGAACUCUCAAGAUUUUAAAAGCAGAGAAAAAACUAUAAAGGGGGCAAAACCUGAUAGCUUUGACUGUGCCGAUAAAGGAAUGCAAGAGAGCAGCAGUAACAGACUAAAUGCUGACUUCCAGUGCCACACACAUACCCAUUUGAAGAAGCCUGGAAAUACGGGGGAAAAUAAAGAGGUGAUACAGCAUGUGGUAAGCAGAAGAUGGGGCUCAGCAGGUAACUUACCAGAAGAAUCACUGGACAGAAGUGGGCUAAGCUUAAAAAGAAAAACUGCAGAUUCGCUGGAGCUCCCGGUCAUAGACAAGGUGGCACCUCCUCUUUCUGUGGAUAACUCCUGUCCUUCUUAUUCUUGCACCAUUCCCAAUGAGGGAUCCAAACUGACACCUCUAAUUAAAAAAAGAUCAGCAGAACUAUUGAGGGAAAACAACAGAAAGAAUGAGAAAAAAGUGAAACUUCUACAAGUCCUUGCCCAGGAGGACAAUUGUUAUAUGAAGGCAUGCUUAAAAUGAGGGCUGCUGCAGUUCAGACAUGGAUUUACUGCGUCGUAACACUCGUGUGCUGCAGGGCUGGCAACAGGUGUGUGAUGCAGGCCCUUGGGGGACAGGAGUGGUUAGUACCUAACAAUUGCAGCUAUAACUCUCUCAAGGAAGUAGAGCCAAAGCUAAGGUCUCCCUGGACCUGAUCCCACUCCAAAAGUGAGCAGCAGCUGCAUAAAGUAGGAGUUCUUAUUCAGUACAGCUCCUGUAAUAAUUGCUCUGGCUCUGUAUAUGAUUGGGAAGCACACAAAGGUGAUGUGGAAGGUGCUAACACACCUUGAAGUUGAAAGUAGCUGCAAGUCAAAGGGGAAGUGACUGACUUGCUCUGACAGCAUCACACAUCUCCCAUAAAUUAUUUACUGAAAAAGUGAGAGAUGUCAUGUGUGACUGGACCCAGGCCAUUAUUCAGGAUUAGUUUCUUGUCCAAACUACAUGGCACACACCUGCAAUUAUUCUGUGUGUAGAACUAAACAGAAUUAUUUCAUAAUUCCACAGCUGUACAUGGAAUCAGACAUUUCUAAACCAUGUUUUCCCAGAAAGCCUAUCCAGUGUAUGGUCAAACUCACCUGAAUUGAUGGAGCAUUUUUGUGUGCCCAGACAACAUGGGGAAUUAUGCCCCAGGCUUGAAAAUAGCAUGUGUCUUUUGCUGGAUAAUUGUUCCAAAAGUUUUACUCAUGACUCUGAACUUUUCUAGGGCAUUAGCAUAUAUUUUUGGCAUUGUAAAUUCCACCAUAAUGUAUUAGCAGUAUUGCAAAAUAGUUAAGGACUGUUACAAUAAUUAAUUUCAUGUCUCAAGCCAGUUCUCAUUACGCAGAAAACCCUAUUGCCAUUCCUAUCCAUAAACAAAGAAGAUAAGAGCAGCUCUGAGAACAGAUCUGUAACUGCUGCACUGCAACAGGUUUGACCUGUUUGUAAGUAGAAUUUUUUACUGCAACUCUUUCUUCAAAGUUCAGGUUGGCCAGGUAGUAAAGGUUUCUAUGCACCAAUUUUGCAGCAGUUAAAAAGGGUAUGUAAGCUCUGGAAGGAUACUCACAGUGAAGCAUCUGUAUUCAGAUGAGAUAGCUAACAUUUGCAUAAGCACUGGUAUCUAGCCCACUUUCAUUAAGGUGGUGGAUGGUAAAAGAUCUCACUAUGUGAACUUAAGCUUCUGAUGAGCAUAUUAAAAAUUGCCAUUGAAAAUAA